GAAAGAGCAGUGACCCACACACAUAACUAAAGAAGAUAUUAGGCGAGUGCCUGGGGCCGAGGAAGAAGAGUCCCCCCUGAAAAAUGGCAGAAGCCAUUUUCCACGCCCCCAAAAGGAAAAGAAGAGUGUAUGAGAAUUAUGAGUCUCCAUGGCCGAUCCCUUUUGAUCAGGACCAAAGUCCUAAGAAAGAAUUCAGGAUAUUCCAUGCCGAAAUGAUUAACAGCAAUGUGAUUGUGAGGAACGCAGAGGACAUCCUGCAGCUCUACGGGAAAGGUUAUUUUGGAAAAGGUAUUCUUUCAAGAAGCCAUCCAAACUUCACAAUUUCAGAUCCCAACUUGGUUGCUAAAUGGAAAGAUAUGAAGACAAACAUGCCUAUCAUCACAUCAGAGAAAUACCAGCAUCGUGUAAAAUGGGCGGCAAAGCUCAUGCGUAGACAGGGGCAGAAUGAGAGUACCGUGCAUGGAAUCCUCAAGGAUUACAUAAAACCACUUGAGUAUCCUCGUAUAAAAAGAAAUGAAGAGGUUCGAUUGCCUGAUGAGCUUAACUCUGAAAUGGUUUCCAACAUGGAAGGCACAGCAGGGAGAGAGAAACUCCCUGUGAUGAGUGGAGACUCUGGAGAGUCGGAUGCUGUGGAGGAUCUGAGUGGGCCGUCAGACUGCCUGCAGGAGGGCUCUGGGCAGGACCCACCAACUCUAGACGGCUACUAUGAACGCGUGGUAGAUGAUGCUGCACCUCCGCCCCAAGUCUGUUGCUGCAAACCAGAUGCUGUCAUCCCCCCGUGUGGCCCUCACCCUAAGGAUGGCAGCAAACAGGCAUGUCUCCUCUGUGCAGGGGAGAGAGGGCCUGACCAUGAGUGUGUGCUUGUGGAGGAAGUGGUGUGUGACAGGAGCGAGAGUGAGGAUGCCCCAAAUGAGGAAUCGGUACAAAGAAAGAGACUAAUACGCAGGAGAAAUCCAUACAGGAUCUUUGACUAUUUGCAACUCAGCCCAGAAGAGGCCUUCUUCCUGGUCUGUGCCCUGGGAUGUCUCAGUGUCUACUAUGAAAAGGAGCCUUUAAUGAUAGUGAAGCUCUGGGAAGCUUUCUCUGUAGUUCAGCCCACACUCAGGACGACCUACAUGGCCUACCACUACUUCCGAAGCAAGGGCUGGGUGCCCAAAGUGGGACUCAAGUAUGGGACAGAUUUAUUGCUGUAUCGGAAAGGCCCUCCGUUUUACCACGCAAGUUAUUCUGUCAUUAUCGAGCUAGUCGAUGACCAUUUUGAAGGCUUUCUCCACAGACCUUUCAGUUGGAAGUCACUGGCUGCCUUGAGCAGAGUUUCAGUUAAUGUCUCUCAGGAACUUAUGCUGUGCUAUUUGAUUAAACCCUCUACCAUGACUGACAAAGAAAUGGAGUCACCAGAAUGUAUGAAAAGAAUUAAAGUUCAGGAGGUGAUUCUAAGUCGAUGGGUUUCAUCAUGA